AUGAAGCUGUUUAAAGCAGUUUGCUUCAUUUGUUUUUUGCUCGUACUCUUGACGCCAUCAUUCGCCUUAGAAGGCCGCCAUUUUGAAGACGAAACUGGAGAAGAAUUUGAAGGAGCAGGUUACCCUCCACUGUAUUAUAUAUCGCCCAACUCAGGCAACUCGGGUAAGCAGUCUUUCAAAAUUUUCUUCUCUCUUUGAAGCAAAAAGUGCAAUCUUCGUUUUGCUAUAAAUGGAGCUUACAUUUCAUCCCAAAUUUCAGAGAAAAAACUGGUAACCAGCGACUAACUUCAAAAUUGUUCUGUUUUUCAAGAAUAUCGCCAGAAACUUUUCUGUCACCAAUUCAAUCUCCCUAUUUUAACUUAUCGUUAACCUGGAAAAAGAUAACUCAUUCCACUGAAAAGCAUCCAAAUCAAUGUAACAGCAAUGCCUUUUACGCAAUUACAGAAUUUGUCUAAACUAAUGCUGGUUGUCAAAGCAUACUUUUUAGCACUGGCUGUUCUUUUUUUUCUGAUUGCAGCUUUCGCAAGUUUUGCUACGGCAGUUUAUUGGAUUUCAACGGGUGGGCUUUUCUAAGGGAAUUAGGAACGGCUAGCUAAUCGGGACAGAAUUUUCACGUCAGGCGAAAUAUCGACCAUAAAAGUUCACAAGAAUAAUGAGCAGGAGAACCCUCGGGUACUCACUCUUACUGAAAAUAUUCCAGGAACGUUUUAAUUCUUUGCUUCUAACUGGUCAAAAAAUAAAAUAUUUUCUAAAUUAAAAUGAGUUUGGGAUUCCUUAAUAGUUUUUCUUGUAGACUCCAGUCUCAAUUAGCUGUGCAUGGGUGUUCGAGGUCCAAGAUGAGCAACCUUGGGAAAUAUGACCUCGUGAAUAAUUCGUAAAGACGGUAAAGCGAGUGGAAAAUAAUAGUCGCAAAAGUAGAUUUUUCACGUCAAAACAGCUCAUCAUAGCAAAGUGGAUAUGAAUUUCCACCAAUAACGAUUGAGAACAGCGAACUUUGUUUGAUUGGAUGAGAAGAUUAACUGCCACAUUUUAUUUAACCAGGAACCCCCUGACUAUUUUCGAAUCCCCCAUAAUACAUUCUGUUUGCCCCCCAAAUUUUGCGAAAGUUAUUGUCUUCCAUUGCUCUUGGGAAAAUGCAGUACUCCCAGGAGCAUUUGAAAAAAAUGGUUUUUGCAAAAGUUUGGGGGGGGGGGGGCAAAUAUAGUGUAUUAUGGGGGAUUCGAAAAAAGAGAAUAACUCGGCCUCUUCCCGGGCUCCUGGGUUAGCAGACUUUUGUAAAUUCAGCAAGUUUCGCCGGAAAAUAAACUUAAAAUAGGCCGACUGUUUAACGCACUGUGAUUACCUAGCCGAUGGUCAAGGGCUCCUGCUGAAAAACAUGUAAACGGAAAGAUUGAAUAAAAACAGGGGACAUAAAAACAGUCUUGACGUUUACUCAAAUCUUUGAAUGGACAUAACAGAGAUAAGAACGCGAAGAGUUAAUUUUGCAUUAAUUCUUUUUUCUUUUCAGAAUGGAAGAAGAACGCGCCAUAUGAAAUUGGCUAUCCGCUGUUCUACAGCCUACUUAUAGUUCUACCACUGCUACCAUUCCUAUGUUUUAUGAUUCCUAACGAAGAAUCUCUUCUGCUACAGGUACGUGGCCAGAGUUGAUUAUAGAUCCUCUUACUAUCCCAGGGAGAUGCACUGCGACCAAGCUUGAUUAAAGAUACUUCAGGACAUAAUAAAACGAUACAAUAAUAUGGAGCAUGUUAAAUUACAUAUACAGUUUGGCCUUUGCGUUAUUUUAAUUCAACCUUAAAAUAGAUAGAUUCUUUCAGUAGUUUUGACUCUAAUACCGGGCAUUACCUUUGCCUUACAGCAAGAGAAUGAACGAAAGAGACAGCAAGAAAUUGACCGCGAGCAUCAGGAAGAAAGUGAACGCGCAGAAGAAGACGAAAGUUUAACCGACACCGACGAUGAAGAAUACCAUGACCCGGAAAUUCGGCCCAGUGAUAUGAUUCCCCAGACCUCUAGCAUCUGCUCUAGGAGCGCAAGUUUUAUCGGGAAGAGAUUGGCCACGGCAGCUCAUGUGACAAAGCUCGAGUUACGCGCACCACGUGUUGUCAUGGAGACAUCUUCCAAACACAAGAGCGAGGAAGGCAAGGUUACUGUGCAUGAGCAGCUCCCUGAUGCACGUGACAGUGUUGAACGGCUGAAGGAACUGGGAGCUAGGAUUUGUCCCGAAUCUGCAGCAGGGUGAGUUAAAUAUGGAAAAUGAGAUGUUAGUAUAAAUCAGGAGCCUGCAUAAAUUUUUAAGAAGAAUAUCAAGUUACAUUGCUCAAACCCCAAGGUUAAAUGAAUUAACUUCAAACUAAAAGGCAAAUAGUCAGGCUGCCUCUUUCAAGUUCUCUCAUAAGGCCAGUUAUUCUGUAAACAAAGUCUAACUUAAGCCGCGGUUUAACAAACCUUUGGACCUGCAGAUCUCUUCCUUAGGGCGUCAUUUUAAGAAGAUAAAUGCUUUCAGUCUAGUCUACUCUAUAUACUUUCAUAAAACUGUUCACGAUAAAUGGUGUUCAGAUAAAACCGUUGGGCAAAUUAAAAAUGGCUUAGAACGUGGUUUUGUUGAACAUUGGCGAAACUACGUUUAAUGAUAACUGGCCCAUGGAGUCUAGGAAAAACCACAUACAAACUAUAACCAACUACCUUUUCUACUAUCAUAGGCGUACGGGCCGGGGGGGCGAGGGUGGCUGCAGCCCCCCCAAAUUUUGGGCAACUCAGAUUUUUUGGACAGCGAGAGAAAAUUUGGGCAAAGCCAGUUUUUUAAGAUGUUUCCGUGUUUUUUAAAUCAUUAUUUUGAAGAGAUAAAUAUUUUCUAUUUUAACCUGACGUUGGCGUAAUAAUCCAGUUCUGUUACAUUUACAGGAGACAGUGGUUGCCUAGCACCUAAUGAGUUUCUGGUUAUAAGGGAAGGGUAUCAUGUGCUGUUUUUUUUUUUUUAUUGUUGGGCACUGUACUGCAAUGGGCAAUUUCCAGUCGUGAAUUGAUUAGACUAAAUCUAGAAUCAUCUCCACUCGUAGAACAGUGUAUGGCAGAUAGCAUCAGCAAUGGGUCUGAAAGUGAAGAAGUGGCUGACUAAUUCUCAGUUUGAAUUACGCGAAGAAUCGUAUUUUUUAAACAAAAAAAUCUAUCGAGUGGUUUAAAGAUUAUUCACUAAUUUGUUAAAGUAUAUAGACCGAAAUGUUUACAAAACCGCUAACAAGAGCGCCAUGAUACAUACUAAACACUCAAAUCCUUUUUUGACCAGAGCUAUCUCCAUGAUCUUUUACCCACGUUUUAAAAAGAUUGAAACUACUAUGAGGUGAAAUUGCAUGUCAAAAGCGCUUCGUUUUCUACAGAUAACGGCCAAACAGCAAGAUUUUCCUUUUUUACCGUAUUUCUAACGAUAAAAACUUUAUACCAAAAUAUCUCCGCAACGCUCUUACAGAUUCCGUUUUAAUUUCACGAACAUCGAGGCGACUAUUGGAGGAAAAUGCUUCCGUGAACGAUUUUGGAAGAACAGUUCCCAGUGAGAAAUGUUGCUGCAAGUAUAAUAGGUAAUGGCAUCAUUUGGUUGCUAUGACAACUCCGAUGUUAUUUCAACCCGGAUCAUAACAAAUUUUCAUCUUUAUCUAAUACAACUGUGGUGACAAUUUUUCCAAAUGUUUGUUUAUGGUCUUGUAGUCUAUGCUCAAAAAAACUUCACAGGUAUUGACCCUGAAAAACUGUAUCGAGCCACUUUCAUAUGCUAGUACGGCCUAUGUUGUUGCAUCUUAUGGCCCUUGUUUCUGUUCGACUGUUUUGUAAACAUUUGGGCAACUUGCAAGAAUUUUUUGGGCAAAUGGUUUACCGCCCCCCCCUGACAAAAAAUUGCCCCUACGCCUAUGUCUACUAUGGCAAGUAUUCUUGUAAGAUUUUAUUCAUGAAAGUUAUCACCGCAUAACUUUUAACCCAAAUAUAUAUCUACGUGUAUAACUUUUAGGUUCAACCAAACAAUCAUCAAUGAAGCAUCUUAGGUGGCAAUCUUUACAUUUAUUUUUUAGGAAAGCUUGUGUUGCAGUAGCCUCUGGCGUCCUGAUUUCAUACGGAAUUUAUCGCCUUUUCUCGUAA